GUGCAUUUUCUAUGAUGGAUUGUUGAUAGAUGAAGGUCACUCCCCACUCAGACAAGUAGGCAGCACAGGGGAGCCUGUGUUUAGUAUAGCCUUCAUGGAUUGACCCUCAGAGAUCUGCAGGUCCAGGGAAGGCACAUAUCUGCACUGUGGAAAUCAUGUGUGGGCAAGAGUGGGAGCAUCCAGGUGUAAAACUUGACUCAUGCCUCCUCUGUCAGGGAGGGCCACAUCUUCUCAGCAUGCUCCACCCUCCAUCCCAGCAUCAGCAAUGGAAGAGUUAAUAGUUGAACUCCGCCUCUUUCUGGAGCUCCUGGACCACGAGUACCUCACAUCAACUGUCAGAGAGAAAAAGGCUGUGCUCACCAACAUCCUGCUGCGCCUGCAGUCAUCCAAGGGCUUUGAAGUGAAGGACCAUGCUCAGAAGGCAGAGGCCAACAACCUGCCGGCACCACCCCAGAUGCCUCUGCCGGAGAUCCCUCAGCCAUGGCUGCCUCCUGACAGCGGGCCUCCACCUUUACCGACGUCCUCUCUCCCAGAGGGUUACUAUGAGGAAGCCGUGCCGCUGAGCCCUGGGAAAGCUCCAGAGUACAUCACCUCAAAUUAUGACUCUGAUGCCAUGAGCAGUUCCUAUGAGUCAUAUGAUGAAGAGGAAGAGGACGGGAAGGGGAAGAAAACUCGGCAUCAGUGGCCAUCAGAGGAGGCCUCUAUGGACCUGGUGAAAGAUGCCAAGAUCUGUGCCUUCCUGCUGCGCAAGAAACGCUUUGGCCAGUGGACCAAGCUGCUCUGCGUCAUCAAAGACACCAAGCUGCUGUGCUAUAAAAGUUCCAAGGACCAGCAGCCUCAGAUGGAGCUGCCACUGCAGGGCUGCAGUAUCACAUACAUCCCGAGAGACAGCAAGAAGAAGAAACACGAGCUGAAAAUCACCCAGCAAGGCACAGACCCUCUGGUUCUAGCCGUUCAGAGCAAGGAACAGGCUGAGCAGUGGUUGAAGGUAAUCAAAGAAGCCUACAGUGGCUGUAGCGGGCCCGUGGAUCCGGAAUGUUCUCCACCGCCCAGCACCAGCGCCCCUGUGAACAAGGCAGAACUGGAGAAGAAACUGUCUUCAGAGAGGCCCAGCUCUGAUGGAGAAGGUGGUGUGGAAAACGGAGUCACCACGUGUAAUGGAAAAGAACAAGCAAAGAGGAAGAAACCUUCCAAGUCAGAAGCCAAGGGGACUGUGUCCAAGGUCACUGGGAAGAAAAUUACCAAGAUCAUCGGUCUGGGAAAGAAGAAGCCAUCCACAGACGAGCAGACGUCAUCAGCAGAGGAGGAUGUGCCCACUUGUGGCUACCUGAAUGUGCUCUCUAACAGCCGCUGGCGGGAGCGCUGGUGCAGAGUGAAGGACAGCAAACUCAUUCUCCACAAGGACAGGGCUGACCUGAAGACCCACCUUGUCUCCAUCCCCCUCCGUGGCUGCGAGGUGAUCCCGGGCCUGGAUUCUAAGCACCCGUUGACCUUCCGGCUGCUUCGAAACGGACAGGAGGUGGCUGUUCUAGAGGCAGCGUCAUCUGAAGACAUGGGCAGGUGGAUUGGCAUCUUGCUGGCUGAGACGGGGUCCUCCACGGACCCAGGAGCGCUGCACUACGACUACAUAGAUGUGGAGAUGUCAGCAAAUGUCAUCCAGACGGCGAAACAGACCUUCUGCUUUAUGAACAGGCGGGCAGUGUCCACUAGCCCAUACCUGGGGAGCCUCUCCAAUGGCUACGCCCAUCCCAGUGGGACAGCACUACACUAUGAUGACGUCCCCUGUGUCAACGGCUCGUGGGACAUGGAUGGCGGCUUUCCUGGCUGUGGGAGCAGAGGCCCAGUGGAAGAGGUGCUUUAUGAUAACGCGGGCCUCUACGAUAACUUGCCAUCGCCGACAAUCUUUGCUCGCUCCUCUCCUGCUGACCGGAGGGCAUCUCGGCCACCCACUGACAGGCUGUCCUCUAACCACUACAAAUCCCCCACCUCCUGCAGCCCACCCUGCUCCCCAUCUGUCACUAACACCUCUUCUGUGGGGAGGGCAUCUCUCGGGCCGCACUCCCAGUUGAAGAACAAAAAACCGCCAGCGUCAUCUAAUGGGGUUCCUGUAAAGGGGAAGGCUCCCAGCAGUCAGCAAAAAAAGGUGGAAACUGCAGGUGGUGUGAAACGGACAGCAUCAAAUGCUGAGCAGUACAAAUACGGGAAGAACCGGGUAGAAGCAGAUGCCAAGCGGUUACAGUCCAAAGAGGAAGAGCUGCUGAAGAGGAAAGAGGCCCUUCGGAACAGGCUGGCACAGCUGCGGAAAGAGAGGAAGGACCUGAGGGCCGCCAUCGAAGUAAAUGCAGGCAGGAAGACCCAGGCAGCUCUGGAGGACAAGUUGAAGAGGCUGGAGGAAGAGUGCAAGCAGAGGGAGGCAGAGCGUGUCAGCCUGGAGCUGGAGCUGACUGAGGUCAAGGAGAGCCUGAAGAAGGCCUUGGCAGGUGGUGUCACCCUAGGACUGGCCAUCGAGCCCAGGUCAGGGACAUCCAGUCCACAGUCUCCUGUGUUUCGGCAUCGGACUCUGGAAAAUUCUCCCAUCUCCAGCUGUGAUACAAGCGAUGCUGAGGGGCCUUUGCCUGUGAACAGUGCAGCCGUCCUGAAGAAGAGCCAGCCGUCCUCAGGCAGCUCCCCUUGCCGUGGCCACGUGCUGCAGAAGGCCAAGGAGUGGGAGCUGAAGAAUGGGACAUAGAGGGAGCCCAGCCACGCCCAGAGACUGUGUACUGCCACCAGCCUCGCGUGUGACACGUGUGCCUCCCAGAGUGGCCUGAACAUGACCGCAGAAGUUUGGACGAGUCUGACGCUGACCCUUGGCUGGCUUGCGUGCACGCUUUCUACUGUAUGAUGGUGCCCUUUAGGAAAGUUUACUUUAAAACUUUGGUGUCCAAAUUUACUUGUUAAGAAGCAGAAAUGAAAGGGGUUGACAAGCUGUUUUGAGGCGCCCUCUAGCAGAUGGGGCGGUUCUGGGGACCUCAGCUCAGCUCCAGCCUGCAGCCCGUGGACCGUGCGCCCCUGUGAGACAGGGUGGCCCGAGCCUUCCCCAUGUGCGGUCAGAGCUGCGUACCUCACCCUGUUUGCCAGAGGGUCCUACUCUGCAGCAGCAUGAGCUCCCGUGUCUCUGCACACCCCUCCCCGUCCCGCCUGUCCCCUGUCAAUGGAGGUGAAGCCAUGAGAAAUAGGGCUGUGAAGAUUCAGUUUUGGUUUUGGACAAAAAUCUUUUGUCACCAGGAUAGAGAAGUUGUCAUUCUUUUUAACCAGUGUUUUUUCAUGUUUGCUUUUAAAGAAAAUGCCUCCCCCACUCCGUUUUUUUUUUUUUGUUUGUUUGUUUUUUUUUUUCUUCAUGUGCUAUGCUUGGACGUUAGGGACUUUUCAGAGACCCUGUUUCCUCCCAGUUUAUGAUGAGAGUCAGCACAGAGCUUUCAGUCGUUGGGUAGCAUAUGACCCUUUCUCCUGGCCUGAGACCCCAGCUUCCUGGGUUGCCGGGCAGGAACUCCUCAGCCCAGGAAGCACGUUGGCCGCCAUCUGCCUGUGGAUUUAACAGAGUGGGGUCUAGAACCUAUAGUUUAACCUGGACCAUCUUUGAACAGAGACGAUCCUUCCAGAGCACCUUCCUCCAGUUUACAGUCGAAGCUGUGCAUCAUGGGUGCACUCCCAUGCUGAGGUUCGGAUUGUGCGGGCCCCUCUCACUCUCCUGCUUGCCCCUGUGCACUUGGUAGGACAGUUCAGCUGCUUAGGAGGUGCUGUCUACAGCUCAUGGGGCUAGCCUCUACUCUAGGGGGUUGAGUGUCAAACUGGCGUUUUGGGCUUCCCGGUAACAGUCCAAACCUUUCCACCAUGGGAAGAUGCAGGCAGUGACCUGGAAGUUAGGCAUCUCUGCAGACUUGUACAGGACCAGUUAUACAUGGGUGAGAACCUGGUGAUGCUGUACCAGGGGCAAGCCUUCCCAUCACAGCCCAGAAUGUCCUUAGCACACACAUGAGGAGUCUCCCAGGCUCUCUCUCUGUAGUGGUGCCUUUAAGGGCCUUCUCUGGGCAGUCUUCAUGGCCAUGACUGAUGCUCUGUGCUUGAGCCCUGAAGCAGCUACCUUGGAGUCACCAAAGAGCAGCAAAGUGGUCACCAGGGUACAGGGACAUCAUAGUGUACGUGGAAGCUGCUUAGCUGAAGGUCUGUCCCAGACUAGCCCAGUGUAAGACAUUUGCCAGCUGUCUAAUGGUGCUUUGCUCUAGUGCCUUCCUCCAAAGGGCAGUUAGGAUUCCUCACACCAGCAUCUGCGUGGGCUAGUUUCUGCCAGGAAACUGUGUAGGACCAGGAUGAGGGAUACAGCCUCCACACAUGCCAGCCUGUUCAUGGAGCCCCUUGGGUCAUCACAGGGAGCUGUGACCAUUCCAUGCUCUGAAAGGGACUUCCGUAGACUUCUGCUGCUUUGGGUCUCAGAGCAAUGCUUUUGGCCACUCUGAUAGCAGCCUGCUUUGCCAGGAAAGCUGUUCCAGGCUUUGAUUGUUACCAAAACAAGGAGAAAAUGUCCAGUUUAACAGCCAACCCUGGCCAGCAUAGAGGGACACAGUGAAUUAUCAUGUCCAGCAAAUAAGCCUCAGCUGAGUUUGUCCUGAUGAAGACACAGCAGGUUCUAGGCUCCUGGUGUUCCUAAUUUGUGCUGAAAAAACCCCAGCCUUGUCAUCCAUUCAACUGUGGUGGAUCCUGUAAGUUCCUCAGCACCAUAUAAAGUAGGUCCCGGGGAAGGUAAGGCUCCCAACACAGGGCUCCAAUGUCCUGGGCUCCCAUUAAUGUUCUUAGAUUUGGUCAGAAAGCUAGUUGAGAGAGCAUUUGUUUCAAAAUAAGUUAUUUAUUUGUAUAUGUUCAAUAAAUAGAGUUUUAAUUUAUAUAUGUACAUAUUAGGCACCCAUGAUCCUGUCAGGAGUCUCAGUGUUCUCAUUCUAUGACCCUCCCAAAGCCACUAGCAUGACCCCAGCCAUCGAUACCACAGGUUUGCCUUGUGUGGAGCCAGGUAGGCAGAGGGCUGAACCCUUUUUUGUGAGCAAUCAGGUCCUCUGGAUCAUGGGAGUUGCUCCGCCUCUCUUUGUCUGAGGCCACAAUGUUUCUAGGGGUCUACUUUUUGUUACAAUUUGGCAAGUUGUCAUCAGCUUUCACAAACCCCUCUACUUUUUUUUUUAUUUAUUUAUUUCCAGAGACAGGGUUUCUCUGUGU